AUGUCUUUUCAUUCAGUUUGUCGUUUAUGUGCAAAUUUUACAAACGAAGUUGAUCUAGUCGAUAUAUUCGGUAACAAAAAUGAUUUAGAAUCGAAAAUUGAACAAUGUUUUCGUUUAAACCUGGAAAUUGAUAAUUAUCAACCAAAACAAGUGUGUAUUGUGUGUGCUUCUAAAGUGCAUUCGUAUUAUGAGUUCUUUGUUCAAGUACAAAAAGCACAACUAGUCUUUAAAUCAAAUCAAGCACCAGGUUCAUUUCCAUUUAAGACUGAAAUCGAAGAUGAUGAAACUAAAUUUGAAACCAGUAAUUUAAGCUAUUCAGAUGACCAAAAUGAUUCUGGUGGGGGCUCCGACGAUGAUUAUGAAGAUAUUAAAUUGGACUUGCGACAAAACACUUCGUGGACGCGAAAAUCUAAGACAAACAGAAAAAAUGAUGAAACAGUACAAGAGGAAAUAGUUUCAGAUAUUGAAGAAUUGAAAAAAGCCUUCUUUAAAAUCGUUGAUAAAAUGUCUGAGAAAGCAAACGGUCAUUUAAUAACAGAUGAAACGUAUCAACGAUUUAUACGCGAAGUCGAAGAUGCCGAAACAAAGACAACCACAAAAACUGCAAUGGACUAUCGUCGAAUAAAACGUUUUGAAAUAUUAUUAACCGAUGAAAAUGUGAAAAAAUUAAUUGCACGACGAAAGAAAGCAUCAGAAACAAUAAAAUAUUUUGUUCCGAAGAGUGAAAUGUUUGAAUUGAUACAUGACGCCCAUCUUAAAUGUAAACACGGAAAGUUACGUCGUACCGAGCAUCUUUUAAAAAUGAAAUAUAAAAAUUUAUCACGUGAAAUUAUUAUGGUCUAUUUGAAUUUAUGUCAAGUGUGUAAAAAACGAAAACUGAAAAUACGGGAACGUUUAAAAUUCAAGGAGGCACAAAGUCAAAAUCGAUCAGUAAAUAAAGCACCUACUUUCACGUUAAAAUGUCACCAAUGUAGUGAUUUAUAUCACACCGAAAAAGAUUUACGUUACCAUUUUGAAAGUGUUCAUGAAAAAUCAGUCGAAUAUCAAUGUUUGGAAUGUUCGAAAAUUUUUGUGAAUUAUUUAACAUUUCGCAGCCAUAUUAGGAGUCAUAAAAAUCAAUUUAAAUUUAGAUGUGAAAUCUGUGAUAACUUCUUUUCAUCAAAUAAAAAAUUACAAAAUCAUAAAGAGCGUCAUAAUAAAAUUCGUAAGAAAUAUUUUUGUAGUUCGUGCGGUAAGGGUUUCCUAAAUGAUAAAUAUUUAACAAUCCAUGAAAAACGAGCACAUUCAACACCAAUCAAUGAUGAGACAGGCGAUGACAAGGAUCGAAUUGUUAGGAAUCAUGAAUGCGAUGAAUGUCAUAAAAUGUUUGCAUCCGUUCAUAGUCUUAAUAAUCAUAAAAAAGUACAUGCUGGUAUUCGAGAACAUACGUGCGAACAUUGCGGUAAAAGUUUUAUUCAUAAAUCUUAUUUAGAUGAUCAUAUUGCAUCUCAUAGCAGCGAAAGACCUUUUAAAUGUGAGACAUGCUCAGCCAGUUUUAAAUCAAAAGCAUACUUACGACGUCACCUAGUUCUACACACAGCUGUCAAAUCUCAUCAAUGCCAUAUUUGCGGGAAAAAAUUUCUUCGAAAGCCAGCAUUAAUCGAACAUUCGAUCACACACACAGAUUUGUAUCCGUUUAAAUGUAAAUUUUGUGAUAAAAGUUUUCGAGCGAAGAAAAAUGUUGUGAAACAUGAACUGUUACAUACCGGAGAAAAACCAUACUCUUGUGAUACAUGUGAAAAUCGUUAUUUCACGAGUUCUUCAAAUUAUCAUAGUCAUAUGAGACGAGUCCAUGGUAUUGUUCGCGUAAAAAAGGAGAAUCCAAUUAUUGAAACGAAAAUCGGAAAUACAGAAAUUUUCGAUGGCAAUAAAUAAAAAUA